UUUUUUUUUCAUCUUCCUAUUUUCCAACUCCCCCACUUUUAAUUCCACGGUUCCACCCAUUACUUUCGCACUCCUCCACCGAACCUCAUUAUCGUUGCGUAAAAUCUGCAAAUUUCUAGCAAAUUCAAGGAAUUCUGGAAUGAACAAUCAUCUAAACAUCAAUUCGAAGCAAAUCGAACAAGGUUGCUGUGUUGUGCUACAAAAGUGACGAUUAAUCCUGCAGCAAGAUGCAGGACUUAAUUACGAGUCUCGGGAAGAAGACGAUAACAUCAUCAGAGCUCAAUCAUCUACAGGUAACAACCUUAUUAUUAAGAUUCAGGUGUGUAUAUGUAGAACUUUGUGUUCGAUCAUUGAUUCCCCUCAUUUUGCUUAUUUGCAUCAUCAGACUCUACAAAGAUUGUUAUGAUUACGAAAACUGUAGUACUCCCUCCGUCCCUUAGUACUUUAAGACCAUUUGAAUUGACUUAUUAAUUUAAUGGUUGUUAGUUGACAGUGGAGUAUUUUUUUUUAAUAUAGUUAAGGGGGUGGGGAGUGGUGAGUGUGGAUUUUUAAAUGAUUUUUUUGUAGGGAGUAGGGGUGUAGGUGGGGUAGUAGGUAAGUCUGAGAAAUAAUAUAAUAUUGGUAAAGAUUUCCAUUUAUAGAAGCGAUGCAAGUAUUAAGGUACAGCCUAAAGGAAAGCGGUGCGAAUAUCAAGAGACGGAGGGAGUAGUAUAUUAUUUUUGGAAAGAGUGUAAUUAACUUAGGAUAAGAUUUAUGAUUAACAUAAAAAAGACCAAAUAGGAAUUGGAAAGUGAUUAGGAGUCUAAUUAGUUUAGGAUUUAUGCUUCACCUAUAUAAUUAGCUUUUAUUUGGAGUUGUACAAUUGCUUUAACAACUUGUGAGAUGCAUAUAUGUUCGUUAAAACUGAUUAGUUUUUCCAGUUUUGUUUUUCAAUUUUUGCUUCCAAAUUGAAAUUUCCAAAUUGAAAUUGUAAGUAAGUUCAUCCGAUCAACUCGAAAUUACAAUGAGAAAUCGCAAGAAGGUUAUGAGAAAAUCAGAGUCAGAGUAUAUACCGUUACACUUAUGCGAAGAGAUACUCGCGAGGCUUCCGGUAAAAGCCCUAUUGAGAUUCAGAUGUGUCUGUAAAUCUUGGCGUUCAAUUAUCGAUUCGUCUGUAUUCACAUAUAUGCAUCUUAAACUCUACAAAAACAACAAUCGUCAUAAAAAUAAUCUUGUAGUAUUAGGUAUGGAACGUCACGAUGGGAAAGAAACUAUUUGUCUUCGUCGCAUCAACCCGUUUCGUCGAAUUGGUGAACAGAUUGAACUUCAUCAUCGUGCCGGACUAUUACACUUGAUUUAUGGGAGUUGUAAAGGGUUGUUGUUUACAAUACAAAAAAACGACGAGACGAGACUAUGGAACUUGUCUAUAAGAAAGUCCCUUCUUAUUCAUCGUUGCCCUAUUUCAGAUUAUUUUAAUGUUAAGUAUGUUGUGGGAUUUGCCCCAUCGACUAGUGACUAUAAGGUGGCUGCCUUUACGUAUAAUCGAAAGGUUUCGAGGUUGUCAAUUGCCGUUUUUUCACUUCGUGAUCACUGUUGGAAGGUAAAGAAGACCAUGAUGAUUAUGAGCCAUCAUUGGCAUGUACAAAAACAAUUUCGUUUUCAUAGUGUUAUUUUCGUAGAAAAGGCUACAUACUGGUUUGAAUUUAGUCAUGGUUGGAACCCAUCCAAACUAGAUCGUAUUAUGUCGUUUGAUUUUGACGUGGAAGAAGUUAACCACUUGGAACUACCCUAUGUCGCUGGGGAUGGAAUAAUAGCUAGGUUUUUAUGUAGUAUAGAGGACUCUUUAGCAGUUUUUAGUGUGUCUAAAGAAAGGAUUCGUAUAUGGGUACUCGAAAAAGAUCGUGGCAGCGGUAACGCAUUGUGGAGGGUAUGGUUUUCCAAGGACAUAAAUGAUGGAUUUUGCAAGUUUAUUUGUGCAAGUCAAUUUUAUUUAUAUUCAAAAAUUCUUUAUCUUCAAGACAAUGCUACGUUUUUAAUAACGCUCAGCACGGCACAAUUGAUAUCUUAUAAUAUCACAAGUGGCGAGUUUCGACAUUUGAGAAAAAGAUUUUAUGGGGAAGUUGAUACGUAUGUGGAGAGCUUAGUGUCGCACACUGAUCCAAAGUGGAAUGCCUCGUACAUCCAUGUCCGUCCCCGGAAGGUGAGAAAGAAUAGUACUCCCUCCGUCUUGGAAUACUCGACCCGGUUUGACCGGCACAGAGUUUAAGGGACUUGAAUUGACUUAUUUAAUUUAAUAGGUAGUAAUUGAUAGUGGAGUAUUAUUUUAAUGUAGUUAGUGGGAAAUGUGUGAAGGGGUGGGGUUGGGGGAGAGUAGGGGUUGAAUUUUUAAUUAUUUUUUGUAUGGAGUAGGGGGUAGGUGGGUUAAUAGGGGUGGAGUGAGAAAUAAUAUAAUAUUGUUAGAAUAUUUUCAUUUUUAGAAACAGGUCAAGUAUUAAGGGACGGCCCGAUAAGGAAAACAGGUCAAGUAUUCCGGGACGGAGGGAGUAGUCAGAAGGGAAUUCAGCAAGAUCAGAAUGCACGUACAAUUUAAGGAGUACUACGUAAUGUGUGCAUUGUGUAACCAUCGAUUAUUAAUUAUUGGAAUUAUAUUGUCUUUCAAGAUUGAUCAACCAAUUCGUGAAUGUAUUUAUUUUCGAUUUAGUUUUCAGUUUUUCUAUUAAGGUCCAAAUAGUUUAGUUCUGAUAUAAUAAGUUAAGUUCAGCUCAGUUCAUUUCAGAUUCAUUCCAGUCCAAUGAAUAUGAACUUAUCGUAUUUGAGAUUUAGUAGUUUGUUUAAGCUCCAAGGCUAGCCCAGGGCUUCGUUUAAUGCUAGUUUAAUAAAUAUAAAUAAAAAGUUCAAGUUGUUUUGUUUA